ACCCUGACAACGGCUUGUUGAUAAAGGAUCGAUACGAUGUUCAGGUUGUUAUGGAAAUAAACUGACUGGAUUGUGUAAUCGAGUGUAAAGGCUCUACUCAAAACUUUUUGACAGUUUGCAGAUCAUGGGCGAUUAGAAUUAUUUUUGAAAUAUAUAUACACUCAUAUUGUCGAAGAAUUUUAAUUUUAAAAAAUGCAUGAACUUCCGUUACUUCCUGGAUACAGUUGUCACGAUUCCACAGUGCAGGAUUAUAAAUUGAAGCAGAAAUUCAAUUUUCUAAAUGGUUUUCGUGUCUUGAGAGACUCGAAUAUUGGAAUCGGCAGAAGACCAAUAGAUACAGCAUCCAGUGCUUACGCGGGCGAUUUGGAUUCUGUACAGUACGAUCCAUCAUUAACGUAUGGCCGAGUACGUGAAUACGCAUAUCAACAAUUCGUGCCACAUUAUGCCAAGUUUGCACAAAAGUGUUUAUGCUUCAAAGCAUUCUUUCGUCAAGGAAUAUUUAAUUCUCCGGACGAACACUUUCGUAUACGCCACGUGAAUAUUAUUUACUUCCUAGAAGACGACACUAUACUGGUUUCCGAACCACCGGUUGACAAUGCAGGAUUCAAGCAAGGUAAAUUGGUACGUCGUGAAAGGAUUGUCAAAAAUAUACAUGGCGAUUAUUACCAUUGGAAGGAUCUGAACGUCGGCAUAGAUAUCGCAAUAUACGGGGUUGUCUAUCAUACAGUGGACUGCGAUCUCUUCACCAGAGAAUUCUUGUGCAGUCAGGGUAUUGACGUUGGCGACAAGGAAGAAUUACCUCCGGAUCCUUACAUUCAAUUUCGUGCUGCCAAGAGCAAAGCAUCUUCGUGCGUAACACCAGUCGCUGACGAUCCUCGGCGUCGUUUUCUGGAAUACGAUGGAAUGGUUCUAUCGUUCGACGCCAUUUGGAACGAUGAUUUUUAUCAGGUCAUGUAUUUCUUGACUGAUGACACUGUGGCCGUUCGUGAGAUUCACAGACCGAACGAUGGUAAGGACCCCGUGGCCAUGUUGCUGAAAAGGACUAAAUUGCCAAAAAAUUGGAAGGACGUACCGUCUUCGUUUCCUGGAAUAUAUAUGGAACGUGGGGAUCUGGAAGUCGUGGAAUAUUACACACCGCAAGAUUUUAAGAUAGGCGAUACUAUUUUUAUCUUUGGUCGACGGUUCUUUCUUUACGACUGCGACGCCUUCACCAGGAAGUAUUACUCGGGAAUGUUGGGCUUGGUACAGCCACCCAGAAUCUGUCCACCUGUCAAGGAAGAAAGAUCUUCACCAAAGUAUCAGCCACCUCCCCACAUCCCUUUUGGUACGCCAGAAGAUACUUUGGCUAGUUGUUUGAGCUUCAUGCCAAAACCGCCCAAGAAGGACGUGGUGCGACAGUUGUACAAUUUUCCAAAGAAACUGAGGUACUCCAUGAUAAUGGAAGCUGUGCAUCCGGAAGAUGAGGAUCGCGAUUUCAUACUUGAAUAUAACCUCAGUGAUGGGACAAUCCUGAUAAGUGAAAUUGAGAAACGUAACUCAGGACGCCGUGCUGGAUGUUUCCUGAACUCGAUGUUAGUACCAAAGCCAGGUACCGAUAAAACUAACCCAGUGUACUAUACGCCAGAAGACUUUUACAUCGGUGCUAAAAUCAAUAUUUUCAAUCAUCGAUUUAUCAUCAACGGCGCCGAUCUUUUCGUGUAUCGAUAUAUCGAAGCGAAUCCAGAGAAAUUUCCACAAGAGUUACGAGACCAAAUCAGAAAUUAUUUCGUCGCUAAAGGUCUGCUGAAGGACGACAUUGCCAUGAGAGCAAGGCAAAUAAGGGAUACCGAAGACACUAAACCGGAUCUAGAUCCAAAUUUAGCGGAACCGCACAAGGACUCGUUAGAUCCAGGAGAGUGUCUAGCAGAUUUUGAAAAGGAUGCUCAAAAGAGAUACGAGGGUGAACAUGGUGAACUUAGACCACCAACACCACCACCUGAGGAAUUGUGUCCAGGAUUAGCAACCGUGAACGAGCCGGUACCAUUGCGUUCAUAUGAACCACAAGAUGAACCGAAACUCCAAUCAUCUCAUCGUAGAAAGGAAAUCAAAUGGGCUGAUCAAAUUGAUAAAGACAGUAAAGGUCAUCCUGUAAUAUCAUGCCGACCUGAAUAUCCCGAAUGUAAGACAAUUAUUCCACGCGAAUGCGCAACGCCCCACUAUUUCAAGCAACGCGACCGAAGAUUCGAGGUAGCUCAGCUGAUGUAUGAAAAUGCAACAGAACCAUCUAAACCCAAGUUUCCACCAGAAGUACCAAUGUAUGAACGUGAACCUGGCAGAAACGUGAUUAGCAUGGCAGGGUCAGCAUAUAAAGCUUCAUAAAAUUUUCUCCUAACCUUUCAACUUCCUUAGUCCAAUUUUAUGACAAUGUACCAAUUUUUUUUUUUCAUACUUCAAUCCCACGCUAGGACCUCAAUGGUGAAUGUUUUACAAUAUAUUUUUUAAUUGAUAUUCAAA